GUAAACGCAAUCACGUGGUUGCUGCUGCUUAUCGUCCUUGCAUGCACACAGGUGCAAUAUUUUAUUUAGUGUACAGCACUCGGCAGUUUAUUCUAACAUGUACGCGCUCGCAUGGAUUAAUUGGAAAUUAAAAUUAUUUUGAUUCUUGUGUUUCGUCCGUGUCUCAUUUGGGAUUAUUCUCCACGAAAAACAAUCACCACACUUGUGUGCUAUGGAAAACACCGAUAUUCAUAUUUUACCCGGAGAAGCCAGUUGCGAUGAUGAGAAUCGUAAAGUAGAAAAGCUAAAAGAAAUUUUUCUACUUCUGAAGAAAAAAUUGAGUCGUUCUCACGAUUUAAUACAACUAUACAAUGACAAGUUAAAGGAAUGUGCAGUCCUAAAUGCGGAUUUAACGUUACUGAAGAACGAGCAUGCAAAAGUUAAACGAGAAUAUAAUCUUGUAUUGAAAAAAGUCAUUGGUCUUCAAAUACAAAAUGAAGAUUAUAAGAAAGAAUUGGAGGCUAUGAAGAAGACGAUAUCUCAGCAUGAGUCAAAAAUUGCUGGAGAUCAACGACACAUGCAACAAUUAUUAUGCAAGUUGGAAGAUAUCGAGGAGAAACAUUCCGAGCAACGUAUGGAGUCUGACUUAGAAAAAUCGCUCCUUUUAACAAAAGUUCAGGAUUUGGAGAAAGAGAUAAAGUCCAUAAGAAAGAGUCAUGGUGCAGAAAAGAAGAAACUGGACAAAAUGAAUAAUGAUAAAACUAUUAAAGGAAGUGAAAAAGAUUCUGUAAACAAUGGGCACGAGCCCGUGAAACCAGUGGCAGAGUCAAAGAGUUUAGUGGAUAAAGGUACAUUGACCGAAAUGUAUCAAUCUUUGAAGGUGAACAAAUCUGUACUAACGGAUGAAUUUUAUUCCAUAAAGGAUGACCCUUAUCCGCUUUUCUGUGCUAAAUGCGAAGAUAAUUUGGGAUCUUCGGCAGUUGAGAAAAUCCACAAGGUUAUGACAAUGUGCCCUUUGCCUGUCGAACAAAUUCUAUCACCUCCACGACCUAAGCAACAGAAACGACAAAGUAGUACUUCAAACGAUAUUACUACGAUCGGUAGUCUUUUCACUUCUAGAGUUGAAAAUGAACAAUCGGAAGAUGUAACGAAUAAGAUGGAAGAUGACAUAGCCCCUAAUUCAAUGAAGGAUUCGGUAAAAGAUUUCAAGGAGGGUUUGACUUCUAACUUAGAAAGUCGUUUGAAAGAUAUGCUUUCUACAGAAGUAAGAACUGUAUUGCAAGAAGAAAUGAAGAAUUUACUCGAAAAAUAUUUAGAUAAUAAGCCGAAAGAUGAUGGAACAAUUAAAUCCGAGGAGAGUAUUAAAAAUAGUUCAGACACUUCAUCGGGGAAUUCAGAAAAUAGAGAUUCCUCCGUUAUCGACGCCUUGCAACAGCGAAUCAAAAGUUUAGAGCGCAAAAUGAAGAAGAAACAAUUUAACCAUGAUCAAGGUUUUGAGAAUCACUGUAAUCAUGCAACUUCGUCCACGCGUCACUCGAACGGACUUGAAUCACUGCAGACCGAUUUAAUGAUCAACUUGCUCAAGAAGGCAACUGGCUUAGAUACUGGAACGCGGCGUCAAAGCGCUUUGAAAGUCUGCAAAAGGAGACGAAAAGGGAAUUCGAAAUGUAAUCUGAAAAGUAUUUCUCUGAAACGGAAAAAAAAGUUAAGAGCUUUUCCAAAUGUUUGUGCAUCGAACAAUUGGUUCGUGGAACCUGUGAAGUCUUCGUGCACGCUCGAACAAUCCGUCGAUUCUUUCAGUCACGUAAAAUUACAAAGGGAAUGUAGGACCUUGGUGAAACAACAGAAAGAACGGAGAGAUAUUUCAAAGGCUUGCGCCUCCUUCCACCAAGAGAACCCUGAAAUUAUGGAAGUGCCCAGCAAAGAAGACUUGACAUCCGAGAACGAAAAUGGUUUCAUCGAUGAAACAACGUGCAAUGAACAAGAGUUACCUUUUACAAACGAUGACGUAAAAAAAUGUUGCGACGAUCCGACGCGAUGUGACAUAAAAGACAACGUGCAAACGUCAUCGUGCACCGAUAACGGAGCAUCGGGCUUUUUAAACGAUGCCCCUGCGUGUAAGAGGGAAGACGAUGCUUCUUUCGAACCUAGAAUAGCUGAGGAUUUUUCAAAUCAGAGUCCUUUAUCUCCUGAUUUAAGCGAAGGGCCUCGUCUAAAGGAAAACCUUGAUUCCGAGUUGGAAGGAACAUGUAACGUCGUAAUCCAUGAGUCUAUUUAUAAAGAAACGGAUUACACGCGAGAUAAACCGGAAACUGCUAACCCGUUGGAACAUCCGACAGAGAGAAUUCACUCGGUCGAUCUACCCUCUGAAUCCACGAAUAAUUCAAGAUUGGAAGGAAACGAAAUUAUCGAAACAGAGAUAGAUAAUUCAGGUAGUAGCCCUGGUUCUCCGGUCGGAGAGGAUGAUAAAGAGAACCCGGGAAACCGAUUUUCAGAUAAUCUACAAAAUGACGAGAAAGAGUUGGAAAAGGAAGGAUUAACGGUGGAUUCGGUUUCGACGACAUCGGUCCGGAUGGAACCCGAAGCGGGUAGUCCCAUCUCACCCCCGAAAGUGACGUCGCGGCCAGGUUUCUCCAAUUUUGCUCACAAACUGCCCUCUUUGGAGCGAAUAUUACGACCGAGGGCAUCGAAAAACGAAGAAAUUGGCCAGGGAAAUGACGACGGUGCAAAAGGGAAUGCAGGGAAGGGGGUCUCUUUGCGUGAAUGCGAAUUGUCCUUAAAUGCCGAUUACCCCCUUAGUCCCGAGAAUUUGAGGGACUAUGGGGACCGUGCAAGGGAAAUCUCCGAAGAUACGUCCGGAAGGAAGAGAAAACGCAGGGAAGAGGAUGACGAGAAUUCUCUAUUCGUUUCGCGCCUCGGGGACGAGGGAAAUUCGGACGAUUCAUCGAACAGCGACGGCGAUACCGACAUUAGCGCCGAUGAUUCCGAAUUGAUAAUGGAUAUAGAUACGAAUUCUGAGCGCUUCGAGGGCAAUGUCGUCCUCGCUAAAGAACGAUUCAUUAGCGAGGAAACGGCGAAAUCCGUGAAAGGAAUUCGUUUCGUAAGAUCCACCGGGAGUCCGGAGUCCCUGAAUCGUUCGGGGAAAAUUGGACCAACGGGUUGCAAAGAUAGAGGGAAAUUCACGAACGCGGGGCGGGCUUCAAAGGUUUCUCGAUUAUCGUCGGACGAUGAAGGGAUUUCGAUUACGGAGGUACAUUCCGGUGGCUGGGCGAAAAAUGUAGAACUCGUACCCGAAGAACUCUUUCAACCGGAUUAUACUCCGGACGAGGUGCAACUUGUCGUUGGCACGGAAAAAAAUUCUUCCGUGGCAGCGACGGAAUCUUUACGAAAUUCUAAGGCAAGCGGAAAAACUGAUCACGUUACGAAAUUAGAAACGAAACGGAAGAAAUUCUUCACUUUGUUCGAUGACUAUUCGGCUUUGGAAACGAAUAUUGACGGUAAGAACGGCAAGGAUGGCCAAAACGAAAAUUCCGAGGACGAGUCUACGAGUUCCUCCUUACCCGAGGAUUGGGAUCGGAAUCGGGAUCGGAAUCGGGAUCGAUGCGGCGUAAGCGCGGAUGAAAAAUCUAAAGAUCUAAGCGAGAUCCAACGCUCGCGGAAUUCCCUUCCGAACGGCUCCACCGUAGGAUUUGUAGAAAAAUCCGAAGAACGUAAGUGGAAACGCACGGCACGGGAAAACACGAAAUUAUCUCGAUCGUUCGAGGUAGACGACGUUCCACGACCGAUCGCGAAGAAGAAUUUUACUAACGUAAAACUCGAGAGAAGUUCCGCGAGCAUCGCGACAUCGAAAAGGGACGUCGGGAGUAAGGAGGAAUCGUUCGAAGAGGAUUUCUCGCGCGACAAAGGCGACCCGCGAGCUAGCGGCCACGAAAUAAACGCGUCCAGAGAGGAGAAGGCAGGGAUCGAUCGCGAGGGCGAAACGCCUAAAGGAAAUAGUAAUUCGCCGUUGAAAGUGGAUUACGAUCGGCACGAACCGAUCGAAUUACUUCGGCAAAAUAUACAAAAGCGCUUAGACCCCUUAAGGACGAAAACCAAGUCUAAAAAGGCUAAACAGGCUAGGAAGGCUAAACUCGAAAAGCUGACUUCGAAAGAGACGUUCGCGAACUUCCAGCUAAACCGGCUCCUCGAGGACAGCGAAUGGUCCAGUGCGAUCCUCCUGGACGUGGUGCACCAACUGUCCCGGUCCUGCAAACCACGCGUGAUCGGAAAAAGCGUCAUAGAGGUGCUGUGCAAAGAAGGCCCGAAAGAGGAACCUUUGGACAGAACGCACACACCUCCGGCCCCGCUAAUGACAAAAACCGAGCAGAGAAUCGUGGCUUUCCUGGUCACCCUUGAGAACACCCGCUUUCCGAUAAUCGAGCUGGUACAAAUGGGUAUCGAGUACAAAAUCUUUCGGCUUAACUGUACUCCUAUGGUAACUCUCCUUUUUCUCAUAUAUCGACCGGUCGAUACGUACUUUUCUCAAUUGGUUUCUUUCGUUGGACAGUUCGUCGUCGUCGAGUCGUUAACUCGAAUGUACGCGGUGUUAUGCCGGAUACAAAAGGACCGAGAAAAAGUACGAAUGCUCUGCUGCGAUGCGCUGUACUGCCUCGGAGUUAAGGCUCUUCCUCUCAUGUACGUGGUUUUUACUUCCUGGCCAGAAGUUUUUCCUAUGGCGGAUACUAGCAAAGAAAUACUGCCAAAGUGCAUAGUCUAUAGUAUCAUGACCUCGCAAGAAGGAUCGCAGCUGAUAAAACUCGCCCCGCUUAAGAGAAUGAUCUCGGUCUAUUACAAAUAUGAGCCGAGUAAACACCGGGCCAGCGACAUGUUGGUCGAAUUGAUGAGUUCUCUUAAGGAGGAGUACCGUAACGGGUUGAAUACCGCGUUGAUCCUUCUCGCGAAACACGAAGGCACCGACUGGACGUAUAAAAACGUCGUUCGAGGAGGUCUAUUGCAAAUGAUAGUCACAAGGGAACAUCCUUCGAUGUACGACGCUUUUUGUUUGUUGGGUUACAUCUUGCGAUCGUUUCCCGUGAAAGAUGCCGAAAAACGCGUGGCCGAUAUUAUCGAACAACUGUGCGACCUCCUCGAGUCCGGCCAGGGUAAACCGAUAACGAUUAUUUCUUUCCACUUGGGGGGCGGAAAGAGCGGGGAUAACGUAGGAUCUCUUUCUUCUACAGGGUCGAGUGACGAGCAGGAGGGAAUCGCUUCGGCGUUGCUGUGUCUCUCGAGGCAUCGAUUCGAGAAAGCCAUCGGCUCGGUCCUGAAAUGGAAACCCUCGAGGAAAUUAUACCCGACAACCCUACGGCAACUCGAGUCACUUUUCACGGCCCGAUCACCGAGCGGAUGGCAAAAAGUUAUAAAAACCAUUAACCUCGUCAAAUAAUGCCGACAGUUUCAACGCGAGCGGCGUUAAAAAUUAUCCGAACCCGUAAGUUAAUCCUCGUCUUUUUUUUUUUUUUUUUUUUUCUUUUUUACGCCGUACGUAAGGAAUACAACGAGCGAAUGCAAUA